GAGAGCAUCUACGUAACAUUGUGUCUCUGCUCGGGAAAGGAGGACCUGUGCUCUCCACCAGCAGCCAAAAAUGGGGAACGCCAAAAGCAGCGCUAUGUCCAAGGAGAUCCUGGAGGAUCUCAAGCUCAGCACCAGAUUCUCCGAGAACGAACUGUCACAGUGGUACGAGAACUUCCAGAAGCAGUGUCCCUCUGGCCGUAUCACACCAGACGAGUUCAAAAAGAUCUACGAGCGCUUUUUCCCAGAAAGUGACGCCACAUCGUACGCCCAGCACGUGUUCCGCUCUUUUGACACGAAUGACGAUGGAACGUUGGAUUUCAAGGAAUACAUUAUUGCCCUGCACAUGACAUCGACUGGAAAGACGGAGCGGAAGCUGGAGUGGGCCUUUUCUCUCUUUGACGUUGACAAGAACGGCUACAUCACCAAGUCUGAAGUGGCAGAAAUCUGUCAGGCUAUCUUUAAGCUGAUCCCCAAAGAAGAGCAGGAAAAUCUUUCAGCAGACGAAAACACUCCCGAGAAGAGAGCAGACAAACUGUGGUCGUUCUUCAAUAAAAAAGAUAAUGAGCGAUUGGCCGAAGGCGAGUUUAUUCAAGGUGUUCUUGACAACGAAGGCGCGAUCCACCUUAUUCAAUACGAGCCCAAAAAGUAA